GGCCCCCAAGGUGAUGCUGACCAAGGCUGUCCAAAUUUCUAGCAUCUAUCUCGUUGACUAGAUAACUAACUAGUUGAAUCAAUCUGACUCAGCUGACAGGGUUGUUAGCUUGACAUUCAUCUGGUCCAUAAUCCUGAGAGACAAGAUGAUUCCAAGCCUACUUGAUAAUAUGUCCCUUCCAUCUCAUGUGGUUACCCUGUUCAAACGCUAACCAAAAUGUCACAUCAACCACAAUUACAGAUCUACAACUACAUCCGUGCUCCUCAUACGGAGAUCUCCUUUCACCCCUUUCCUUCAUUGCCGACGGAGCUUCGGCUGCAGAUAUGGCGUUAUUCAAUGCAACGCCCGCGCCUUAUCCGAGUACGGCUCCUUCCAGCAGAAGCCCAGGGCGCGACGGAGAAAUAUCGCGUGGUAAUCAAUGGCAGGUCCGUGCUGAGCAAAUUGUUACAUGUCAACCACGAGUCCCGAGAGGCAGCCCUGGAGUUCUACCGCGUGCAUAUUCCCUGCGAGUUCCGCGUUGACUCUAACACGACGACACCAAUGCCCCGGGGAACUUUCUACUUCAACCCGGAGUACGACAUCCUGGGGAUUGGCGCCCGCUUCCCAGUCCGGAAUACUCUGCUCGAGUUUCUGCAUCACCUAAAGCAUAUUCAUGACCCCCGCCGCGUUGGCCUCCUCAACCUAGCAAUGGACAUCAAUGACCUCAACGCGAAUGACCUCCAUACGUUGGAUCCUACCGACGGUAAUAUCAGUCCUCCGGUGCGACAGUCGUUUACGGAAACCCUGAUGCAGCUGCGCGAGGUCUUUUUCGUCGAAGUCGCCCGGGCGGGACGGCAGAUUGUCGGCUGGCAUAGUGGUUUGCUCACUUCCGACACGAUCUUUAACCGCUCGUUCCCCAUUAUGGCGACGUCGACGACGUUCGACCGGCUCCCCAAGGAUCCACGAGAGAUCUCCGACGACUUGAAGCACGUCUUCGUGGGCACGUUCGAUCCGCGGGACAUGUUCGAUCGCUGGGGCCGGUUGCUGCGGCGGUGGAGCGUUCCUCCUUCAUUCCAUGUCACAUAUCGCUUUCUCCUGGCAUUCACUCCGACUGGUACUGAUAAGGUCCACAACCGGGAGGGCGCAGAGCGAUGGCUGCGGAAGGAGGAUUGUAUAUGGAAAGGGGAACCCUACGAAGAUGAAGACCAGCCGAUCACCCCACUGGGUCAAAUUCUCCGGCAAAAGAAGCUCAAAUGGCCAGUCGGGGCGAAGCAUGAAAAGUACCGGAAUGAGGAUCUGGAGAACGCGGUGAAACCGGCGUUCGGGUUCUGGCUGUUUCCUCUGGAAGCCCUGGGGAUUCCUUCGCCGGCGGCUUUCAUUCAACCAGAAGGAUACCAAUCCAAGGCGAAACAACUUCUGGAUCUGACGGGCCACUGGCCUGAGUUGGCUUUGUUUAGUCUAUAGCAUUAUAACCCUUUCUUGCAUCAUAUUCCAAAUCAUCAUCAGGAUUGGAAAUACAGCACGCGUUAAGUUGGAUAUAGCACCAAAAGGUGGGUCUGCCAUCAAGUUUCUCGCUAUGCAACUAGGUCAAAUGGCCGCCGUGGGGUCAGGUUUUGGAUGUGCGCUUGUCACAUAUUCUAACCAGGGAAGAUGAUGAUGGUUUCGAAAAUGAGAGUCAAUUGUCAGGCUAUAUGAAAAGACAAACU